AUGGGCGAUUCGGAGCCGACGUCACCAGCUGGGAGCCUGGAGCCAACUGAGAUCUUCCCAGAGUCGGCGGAGGAGGACCAUGCUGCCGAUGCUGAAGAUGAGGGCAUCGAAGAUGAAGAGCUCCGGCGGGCUCUUCGUGCAUCGCUGUAUCCGGAGCCGGAGGAGGAUGCGCCGGCGGCUGGGUCUGCUGGGGCGUCUUCUUCGAUGGGGGGUGAUGGCAGCGCCGCGAAGGGCAAGGCCAAGAAAAAGAAGAACAAGGCCAACCCCAAGGAGCGUGCGAGGCAGAAGCGCAAAGCUGAGGCGAUCGAAGCCAAGCGGGUGCUGCCUUCGAACUUCGAGACUGCUAGCCAUUCGCAUCUGGAGCUGCAGCGUGAUCUCAUCAGUGACCUCAAUGCCUUGCACAACACGUUGAUCGAAUUGCAGACCGCGUGCAAGUGGUACACUGAGAACGCUCCUGGCUGGGUGCGGAAGAAGGCGCCGUUCCCCUUCCCUCAUUUUCCAAGCUCUCCGAGCGUGUGGUAUUCGGCGAAGACUCAGAAGGACGCUCGCAGCAUUAUGUCUGGUCUCAUCGCCGAGGUCCACGGGGCGAGCAAUCUGGCCAAGCGUGGCUACGAGUUGUGCGUGUAUUACCACAAGAUGUUCGUGGAGCACAACCGCCACGGGGACGAGAAUCCGUUCCUUUCGUGGGUUCGUCCCCCAGCUGAACGGCCAAUGGACAAUGCUGAUGCUGCUGCUUCGUCUGGAUCUCCGGCAGCUGCAGCUGGCUCGACUGGGUCUUCGGCUGGUGGCUCUGGGUUGGCUGGAAGUACUGCUAAAGCUGCACCUGGUCCACGGCCGCGGCGGGGCUAG